AUGUUCACUAAUGGUGCCGACUACGCAUUGGCCAGGAAGUUGUCUAGCCUUAGUGACAAUGAAAUUUUCUUGUUAGAUACUAGCGACAAAAUCAGACUCAUGCGCGAAAAGGUCAAAGGAAAGCUGCACGAAGCUUAUGAGACAAAUUCGGCGCGUUAUAACAAAAGAAUACGCGCGAUUCGUUUUAGGCCCGGACAAGAAGUCUAUAAGCGUAACUUUAUUCUAAGCGACUUUAAAAAUAACAUCAAUUCGAAGUUUUGCAAAAAAUUCACCAAAUGCCGCGUAAGGAAAGCACUCGGGAACAACGUGUACCUGUUGGAAUCGCUUGCAGGAAAAAGCCUGGGCGCUUGGCAUGCAAAGACAUUAAGCAGUAGGGUAUUCCAUCUCGGCGAUCUCUCCGGCGAUGAGGUUCAAGUCGUCCGGGGAGGAAGCAAUCAGCCAAAACGUAGCACGAAGGACCUGAAAUGGCUCACAAAGUAA